GAUUGUCGUUUGAAUUGAGUGUCCAUUGAAUGCAUUGAUUGCACCGAAAAUGGUCUCAAAAGCGGGCAAAUUGUUGCUCAAGAAUACCAUUCAAUCGCUUGAACACCAAAAUAAGAUCAAAGAAGAAAAGCUAAUGUGGAGUAAAUGGCAGAGCGAUAGACAGGAAGACGAUGGAGAAGUUGUAGUGAAAAACCAAAGAAGUGAUGGACACAGAGAUAACGGCAGUCAUUGUUCCCGCAGUUAUGACCGCAAGAGAGUGUCUGAUGACAGACAAUACGAGGGAAGCGCUAAACGACACAAAACCAAAGACACAAAACCCGAUAAUUAUUGGCUCAAGAAGUUGAUGACCGAAGAAGAGAAACACUCGACUGAUAGAUGGACUCACAAUGGCUUCAAAGAGUUGUAUAGCGAAGAGUUGGCGUCCGAUGAGAGCACUUCCGAUAGUGAAAAGGAGGCGAAGAAAAAACACAAAAAGAAGAGAAAACAUAAACACAAAAAACAUAAGAAGAAAAAUAAAUAAUUUUGAUUAGAUAUGAAAUAAUGUGAUAAAAUCUGAACUCAACUUCCA